AUGUACGGUAUAUUAGAUGACCAGCUCUAUAAGCACUUCCUGCUUCUACAUGCUGCUAGAAUCUUGCUUUUAAAAUCUUCAUCAGAGAAACAGCUAAGCCUCAAAUAUAGUAAUACUUUAUAUGGUUCAAAUUUCAUUAAUUAUAAUAUUCACGGUCUGCUUCAUCUAACUAAUGACGUAAGACGCCUUGGUAAUUUAGAAUCAUUUUCCGCUUUUCCUUAUGAAAAUAAUAUGUCUAUUUUUAGAAAGUAUUGCAGGAAAUCGGGUCAGCCUUUACAGCAAUUUUUUAAUCGGAUGACAGAGUUACGACUUCAUGGGCGAGGCGAUAAUCGCGAUAUCGAUAUGUCUGUUCGCGUAUCAAUACCACGUAGUAAUAGCGACACUAAUGUUCAUUAUUCAAAAAGUACAUUUAAUAGUAUAUGCCUAAGUACUCAUGUGCGAGACAAUUGUUGCAUUUUGCGGGAUGGAUCGAUUUGUAUUGUCGUGGACAUAAUUGCAGACACAGGUUCUUACUCUUUGAUUGUAAAACGAUUUUUAGAAGUAGAUAAUUCUUUUAAUGUUGGCCUUCCAUCUUCCGCAUUUCAUAUAUAUCUAUGUAGCAACAUCAGUAGCGAUACGCUUGUAAUUAAUAUUAACCAAGUGAAAUUAAAAAGUUACAGGAUGCCUCUGUGGGAAAAAGCAUCGUCAGACGACAGCAGUACCGAAGAUGAGGAUAUGGAAUCAUCCAAAUAUAUCGUCGCUGCUUUAAUACACAUGGAAUAGACAACAUAUGGUCAAGUAAUGCCGAGGCCCAUCACGUAAGGAGCGGUGGACAGUAGGGUUUUAGUGGGUGCGAGUCCCACACUAUCUCCGGUUGCAUCUGCAGUCGGGGAUGCUUGAUAAUAUGCCCUUCGAGAGAAUUGGCUAAACAAACUUACAACAAUUCAGCACUACAGCAACAGCUUAUAGCAAGCAGACUGUCCGAAGAUCCGUAGCUGCUUGGCUAUUGGAGAGGAAUACACAUAAUAGUGGCGACGCCAGGGCAACUGAUGGACAUGUUGCAUAAGAAGAUGAUCAUCUUGAGUGUGUGUCGUUACCUUUGCAUGGACGAAGCGGAUCGUAUGAUAGACAUAGGCUUUGAGGAGGACGUGCGAACAAUAUUUUCAUUUAGGGUAAUUAUACCUUGCAACUUUGUACCUUGGUCGUCGCGAAUUUCACACAAAAAGACGUCACUAUUAUUAAGAUAAUAUACAUUAUUCAAUAUUUAUUUCUUAUUAUAGGGUCAAAGGUAGACACAAUUGUUCUCUGCUACCAUGCCGAAAAGGAUUCAGAAAUUCGCCCGUUCGGCGUUGGUGAAGCGUGUAACGAUAAACGUCGAACGUGCCGGAGCCGUUUCGAUGAACGUGAUACAGGAAAUUGAAUACAUCAAGCAAGAGGCAAAAAUUAUCAACUUCCUUGAAUACCUUUAAAAAACUGCACCACCAGUGCUAAUAUUCGCGGAGAAGAAACGCGACGUGGAUGCUAUGCACGAAUAUCUGCUGAUGAAAGGAGUGGAAGCUGUUGCAAUACAUGGAGACAUCGAUCAGGAGGAAAGAUGGUGUUCUGUCUAAGCGUUUCACGCAGCUCGGAAAGAUGUUUUAGUUGCGUCCAAAGAUCUCGAUUUUGCUGAUGUGAAACACGUAAUUAAUUACGAUAUGUCAGAUGAUGUGGAAAAUUACGGCAAUAUAUCGUAAUCUAUCGUACAAUUUAGAUUAUUGUAUUAGAAGGAUUCAAUGUUAAUGUAUCUCUCUUAAUAUAGUUCAUCCUCGAUUUCAUCGAAGAUAUGCGCUCGCGAAAAUGAGCAAGCAAAGCAUAUCGCGUUAU